CAGUUCUCAAUAUUGGAAAAACCCGGAAAUAUAAUUAUGAAUUACUAUUCAAUCUUCAUCGUCGUCGUCCUCAUUUUGGCCAUCAGCCAUCAGGGACAAUCGGCGGAGACUCCUGUCAUUGAUUUUUUCCAAAAACUGGAGGAACUGGCGCACAACAUGGCAAAAAAAGCACUUGAACUUGCUAAGCCCGUUGCAACUGCUUUGAAAGGAUAAUAAAACAAGUCUAUACCUUUAUAGCUUCUCGCUUUUCAAUAAAUGUAGCGUUUGAAUAACAUAAUUCCAUUAAGCUUUCAA